AUGUCGCAGCAGUUGAUCUCCCUUCUGAAAGACAUCGGGCGGGUGAAGAUCGACCUUAACGCGCUCAGCAACAGCGAGGAUGGUUCUGAGGACAAGCGCCAGGAGCUCCAGGCUCAGCUGGAUAAGCUGAUGGAGGAGCAUGCCCAGCUCAUGAAGGGCGGCGGCAGCCGAAAAGAGGACGCCAAACCGGCGGAGCCGCCGGCGGAGCCGCCGGCAGGCGAAGGAAGCUUUGAAGAGAAAGAGCGCCUCUUCAGGGCCAAGGCCCCGACCACCAACGGAGCCCACCGUGGGGAGCUCGCCCGCCUCCUGGAGCGGCAGAGGCGGAAGGCCUCUGAGGAGGGCCUCAACUUCACGGCCGGAGGUGCAGUCAGCACUGCAGAUGCCCUGGCCGAGAGUCCACAGAAGGAGGAUUCGGCUCACGAACCGCCCGAAGGCCGCUUUCCGGAUGCAGAGGCCCAGGACUUGCCCGGAUCAGUGGACGGGACUUCGGCGAGGAACGCGGAGGAGGAGGUGACCUACCCGCCCUCACCACCCUCCCCAGCAUCGCCAGCUCCCUGGGAGGAGGACACGAUGAUCAUCCACCACGUGCUGCCAGGUGCUCAUGAAGCAUCUGGCCUCGAAAGUGUGGUGGAGCCGAUGCAGGAGGCGGAGGAGGAGGAGGACAAGGAAGAGGAGCUUGGUGAAGUUGUCCAAACCCGAGGGAUGGGUGGCCGAAGCAUGUCGGGCAGCAGCGUCCGCUUCCAGCACGAGCCAGACGUGGUCCACUUCGACACUGAUGUCCCUGAUAAAGAGGAGCCCUUGGCCAUCGCCUCCGAGCCUGCUGAAGCUGAGCCUGCUGAAGCAGAGGCGCCAAGCACGGCGCCUGCUCAAGCAGGGGAGCCAGCCGAGGCUGUGGAGAAGCCCGACCUGGCUGGCGGCCCUGCAUCAGAGGUAGAGGCCGCUGACACUGCAGAGCCUGCGGAAGCAGAGCCUGUGGCAAAGAGCCUUCAGCCUUUGCUUCAAGCCACACAGCUGGAACCGGAAUCUUCCGACGCCCAGCCCGUGGCAUCAAAUGCCACCGAUGUGGGGCACGCGCCCAAACAGGCGGCGCCGGAGGCGCCGGAAGCGCCGGAGGCGGCGGUGGCCACAGCGGUGGCCCCGGCCUCACAAAGCUUGGCAGCAGCUGCAGAGCUGGCGACCACGACCCGGCCGAAAGCUGCUGCCGAGGAGACCGCGGCAGCCACCAAAGCGGUUGCUCGGGCCCAGGCAAGUUCCAAGAAGCAAGGUGCGAUUGCGCAUGCCAGCCGCAUCCGACGUGGCGAAAGCGCCGCCGUCCUCUGCGAAAGCGGCGCCGCCCGCAGCGAAAGGGGGUCCCUGCACGGCAAAGGCCGGGCCUUCCACAAAGGCAACGCCUUCUGCUGGAAAGGCCGCGCCCGCGGUGCCGAAAACGGCGCAGCUGGAGCCCAAGACUUCGAGUUGAUGGCACCGGUACCUGGCAGUAGCAAUCGCAAGAUGGUGGACACCAGUGCAGAACAGCAUCAUGUUCAAGGCAUGUAG